CGAACAAAUUAACAUCAUGUGAAUGGUGAUAGGUGCACUUUUGGCGGCCUAUAAACAUCUUUUGAUAGCGAUCAACCACCCAUCACUCACUCGCUCUCAAGAUGGUAUACCUUCCACCUAAUUCAGCUCUGGAUCCAGCGUUUUGGACACCUCAAAAUAUCCUAGUAGCUUCUGGAACUGCUCUAUUAGCACUCAUUUUGCUGGUGAUCAGAUACCCGAAAGAUCUUAUCGGCACUUCUCGACGAUCACAUAAUGUCUUAUCAUUACCUAGUGCAUUACCCUUAUUGGGUGAUACUCUAUUAGCACUCCAGAUCUCAUUCAAACAAAAGAAGCUAUUAGACGAAAUUCUAUACCAUCAACAUCGUGUCGGCAAAGGAGGAAGGCCUGUUUCGAUCACAUUUCCUUCUUUGGGUGCACGUCAGUAUAUCUUGAAUAUGCCACAAUAUGUGCAUUAUUGUCAAAAGACCGACUUUGAAACAUUUGCCAAAGGAGAUAAUUUCCAUCGUCGCUUAUCAGAUCUUUUAGGUGAACAUGGUAUUUUCGUUGUCGAUGGCGAACCAUGGAAGCGACAAAGAAAGAUGGCAAGUCAUAUUUUCAGCGUGGGUAAUUUCCGAACCUGCGUUCAGCAAACGAUUGAUAUAGAUCUCACAAAGAUGGAAAGACUGUUAAACAAUGUGGCAAGAGAGAAUGUCUCAAUCAAUCUUCCCGACCUAUUCUUUCGAUUCACACUUUCAAGCUUUAGUCAAUUAGCAUUCUCGGCAGACGUUGAAUGUUUGCCUGAAACCGUUCAAGGUCUAAACGUUCGAAACUCGUUCGCAGAUGCAUUCGAUUUCGCUCAAUUGGUUGCAGAUGAAAGAUUUGUAGCAAUCUUUCCACUUUGGUUUGAACAUUUCACACCAACAGGCUUCAAGAUGCGCAAAGCCUUAAAAACUCUCCGAACAUAUUGUUAUCGAACGAUCGAUUUACGUCUUUCUGCUCGUGCAAGAGGUGAAAAUCGAGGUGCAGUUGAUUCGAAGAAUGGGAAAGAUUUAUUGGAAUUAUUCAUCGAUAUGGGCUUAUCACGUAAAGAAUUACUGCCAGUCGUUUUGAACUUUUUGAUCGCCGGAAGGGAUACUACCGCUCAAAGUUUAAGUUGGUUCUUUUUGGAAAUCGCUUCUCAUCCGGAAGUUGUGCAAAAGAUUCGUGAAGAGAUUCAAGAUUCAUUUAGUGACCGAUUGAACGAAAGUCAUCUUACGUACGAUGAUAUGAAGCAACUACCUUACCUUCAAGCUGCAUUCUACGAAGCUAUUCGAUUGCAUCCUGCCGUUCCAAAGAAUAUCAAACAAGCCACUCAAGAUACCGUUAUUCGGCCGUAUGCAACAAAUGACAUCGACGGAAAACGGGAUUUACCCGGAGGAGGAACAAAAGAGCCUCUGCCGGAUAUCACUAUCAAGAAAGGUGAAAGUGUGAUUUGGUCAGAUUACGUUAUGGCUCGAAUGCCGGAAAUUUGGGGAAAUGAUUGUGCAGAAUAUAAGCCUGAACGAUUUUUGGAGACUCGAGAUGGUAAAACGUCUGUUCGACAAUUCUCACAGGCAAUCUUCCAUGCAUUCAAUGCGGGACCUCGUGUUUGCUUAGGCCAAACGCUUGCAACGUAUGAAGGAAUGGCAGUGAUUGUUGCCAUCUUGACGAACUUUGAUAUCAUUUACGAUUACGAAAAGCUAAAGACCGAUCCGCCCACAUUUGCCGAAAGCUUAACACACCCAAUACAGAACCCUUACAGUGUUCGCGUUCAGAGAAGGAACAAUCACUGACUAUCUUAUCGCUCGCUAUUCUAUACCCUUGCUAUCUUAUUCUGUCCACGCUUCCUCUAAUAUUAUAUCAUUUCCUGCAAAAUGUCCAAGCCUGAUCAAGAUAAAGAUUGCGUUUCUAUAUAUCUACCAUGCUUCCCACUUGUGAUCUUUGCCCAUCGAUGCCAAUCGGUUGAACAAUUCAUCCCUUCUAGGCAGAGCAGUAACGAUGAAAGUUUUUCCUUUUUUAUCUUGUAUUUCUAAACCAUCCGUAACUUGACUAUCCAUUGCCCAUCCUACAACCAAUUUACCUUUCCAUCCCAAACCUCCAAUCUUUUUCAACGAAACGAUAUCUUCCACUUGAACGCUGAAAAGAGGAGCCGGUCUUGCUUUUUCUGCUGCAUCACGUAAUAACUUCAAUGCAUUUGGUUCAUCUUCACCUUCUUCGUUGUUCGUUGUUGUCUCGCCUUCACCUUUACUGGCUUUCUUAUCUUGAACUUCU